AUGAGUAACGACGAUCUCAAGGGUCUUGAGCCCAAGGCUAACAAGACUAACUAUGUCGGUUCAGACAGUGAAGAGGGUCGUCUUCAUGUUGCCGCCGAAAAUAAGCGCCAGAUCGGUGUUCUGAGCGCCUCUAUGCUCAUCUUCAACCGUGUCAUUGGAACCGGUAUCUUCGCCACACCCGGCUCUAUCCUCGCUCUCCUCGGCAGUCCAGGUCUAGCCCUCAUCAUCUGGGUCGUUGGUUCCAUCAUCGCCGCCGCUGGCACAGCCGUCUACCUCGAAUGGGGAACCGGCAUCCCCAAGAACGGCGGCGAGAAGAACUAUCUCGAGUUCAUCUACCGCAAGCCCAAGUUCCUCGUCACUGGCAUCUACGCUUCAUACAUCAUUCUCAUGGGCUGGGCUUCUGGCAACUCUGUCGUUUUCGGAGAGUACAUCCUGCAUGCUGCCAACAAGGAGGUCGACCGUUGGAACCAGCGUGGUAUUGGUCUGGCUUGCAUCACGACUGCGUUCAUCAUCCACGGAACUGCUCUUAAAUGGGGCCUUCGUCUUCAGAAUGCUCUUGGUAUCAUCAAGCUCAUCAUCGUCUUCAUCAUGAUCAUCUGCGGUUUCGUCGCUCUUGGUGGUCAUCUCAAGACUGAUGAGAAGCCCAACAACUUCAGCAAUGCCUUUGAGGGUACUACCGGCAGCGCUUAUGGUGUUGUCACUGCUCUGUACAACGUCAUCUGGAGUUUUGUCGGUUACAGCAACGCCAACUAUGCCCUCAGCGAAACCCGCAACCCCGUGCGAACCCUCAAGAUCGCUGCCCCUACUGCCAUCAUCUCGGUCUCCAUCAUCUACAUCCUCGUCAACAUCGCCUACUUCGCCGCCGUCUCCAAGGCUGAGAUCAUUGCCUCUGAGCGUCUCGUCGCUGCCUCGCUUUUCCGCAAUGUCAUGGGCCCUGCUGCUGAGCGCGCCAUGUCCGUCUUUGUCGCUCUGUCUGCCUUUGGAAACGUCCUCAGUGUCAUCUUCUCUCAGGGUCGUCUCGUCCAGGAACUCGGUCGCGAGGGUAUUCUGCCCUUCUCUCGCCUCUGGGCUAGCAACCGACCUUUCAACGCUCCUCUCGCUGGCCUCUUUGAGCACUGGGUCAUUUGCGUUAUUGUCAUUCUUGCACCCCCUCCUGGAGAUGCCUACAACUUCAUCCUCAACCUCAUCUCUUAUCCUCUUGCGAUCGUCAACACCUUUGUCGCUGGUGGUCUUGUCCACCUCUACCUCCACGGCGCAAAGUACAACUGGAACCCUCCGAUCAAGGCGACUCUCCCCGUCACUGUCUUCUUCCUUCUCAGCAACAUGUAUCUGGUGAUCGCACCAUUUAUCGCUCCUGACGAUCCCAGCCAGAACCAGUACAAGAGCAUGCCGUACUACAUCCACUGCGUCGUCGGUAUCGCCAUCUUGGUUGCUGGCGCCAUCUACUGGCUCAUCUGGGCAGUCAUUCUUCCCAAGAUUGGCGGUUAUAAGCUUGUUCGCGAGGUUCAUGUUGAUGAGAUUGAUGGCUGGGAGUCUAACCGCUUCCAUCGGGAACCUAUUAACAAAUAA